CAAUCCCCUCCAACUCUUCCUCUCUCUCUUAACAAACUCAAUCACUCCCUUAUAGAGAGAGAGGGAGAGAGAGGGAGGGAGAAGGAGAUGGAGAAGCCAAGCAUGGAGGCUCCUCUGCUGACAAGCUGUGAUAACAAGAGAGAAGGGGGAGGGGAGGUUGUGAGGGAGGUGAAGAAGCAGCUGUGGUUGGCAGGGCCUCUCAUAGCAGGGAACCUUCUGCAAACCAUCAUACAAGUCAUAUCCAUAAUGUUUGUGGGCCAUCUUGGGGAGCUUGCCCUCUCUGGCUCUUCCAUGGCCAACUCCUUUGCUACAGUCACUGGUUUCAGUGUGUUGAUGGGAAUGGGAAGCGCUUUGGAUACUCUAUGUGGGCAAUCCUUUGGAGCGAAGCAGAAUCACAUGCUUGGCAUUCACAUGCAGAGGGCAAUGCUAGUGCUCAUGCUCGUAAGCGUUCCGCUCACUGUAAUCUGGGCCUGCACUGGCCAAAUCCUUGUUCUCUGCGGGCAAGACCUGGAGAUCGCAAACGAAGCUGGAAUAUACGCUCGAUGGAUGAUCCCCGCGCUCUUCGCGUACGGCCUUCUGCAGUGCCACGUCCGAUUCCUGCAGACGCAGAACAUCGUCCUUCCGGUUAUGAUAAGCUCCGGGCUCACGGCUUUGCUUCACAUCGGAGUUUGUUGGGUGUUGGUGUAUGGAUUAGGCCUCGGUAGCAAAGGUGCUGCUCUGGCAAAUGCUAUAUCAUACUGGAUAAAUGUGUUACUGCUGGCAGCUUAUGUUCGACUGUCGAAUGACUGCAAGAAGACUUGGACCGGCUUUUCGAGAGAGGCUUUUCAUGAUACUUUGAGCUUCAUCAGACUCGCCGUUCCGUCAGCUUUGAUGGUUUGCCUGGAAUGGUGGUCGUACGAGCUUCUCGUGCUUCUUUCUGGUCUUCUUCCGAACCCGCAGCUUGAAACUUCCGUGCUAUCGAUAAGCCUUAACACUGCUUCGUUGGCAUUCAUGAUUCCUUUCGGUCUUGGAGCUGCAAUAAGCACGCGCGUCUCAAAUGAGCUCGGUGCGGGGCGGCCUGAUACAGCUCGGCUCGCGGUACGCGUAGUGGUGUUUUUGUGCAUUGCAGAAGGAGUAAUGGUUGGACUGAUCAUGAUUUUGGUGCGCGGCGUCUGGGGAUAUGCAUACAGCAAUGAAGAGGAGGUUGUGAAAUAUGUGGCUGUCAUGCUGCCGAUUCUUGCAGUAUCCCACGUCUUCGACGGAAUCCAAAGUGUUCUUUCAGGGGUUGCGAGAGGAUGUGGUUGGCAGAAGAUUGGUGCUAUUGUGAAUCUUGGAUCUUUCUACAUUGUAGGAAUUCCCUUGGCUUAUCUAAUAGCAUUUGUUUUUCAUGUUGGAGGAAAGGGGCUUUGGAUAGGGAUCAUAUGCGGCAGCGUCGUACAAGAUUUACUGUAUGCAGCCAUUACACUACGCACAAACUGGGAGAAAGAGGCGAGGAAGGCGAAGGAUAGGGUAUUUUGCUCCACCAUCCCGACGGACAUGACGGCGUGAUUCAUAACUGAAAACUAGUCAUGAAUCAGAUAACACGAUUAAGCAAUCACGAGCAUGAAAUAUCUGCGACCUCCGAAUCUGAGUUACGUUUCACGAGGCCCUAAUUAUUUGAUCAUUGCAGAGUUCUUCGCACACUCAUAUUGGACUACAAAUAAAAACAAGGAGGAUCUACUAUGAACUACAACAUCAAUUAAGUUUUCGUGGAAAUCUCAUUGUUAUGUUUUUUUCAAUGAGAUUCGAUUUUGAGCAAAUUGAUUUGUGUUCUACUAUAUUUGGGUUUCAAACUAGUGAUCUUUCUCUCUGAGGAAAUUGCAACAUG